AUGUCCCGAUCCGCCGUCGUGUACGCCCUCGUCGUCGCUCUCGUCACCCUCGUCGACGUCGCGAAGGCGAUCGAAGGCAAAUGCAGCGCCUGUCGCGGCGUCGGUAAAUCUCUCGCCGACGCGCUUCGGAACGACGAAAAGGAGUCGGAGGGGAAGGUAGUGGACAUGCGCGGACGGUUGGACUCGCGAGGAAAGCGGUACGGGAAGAAGAUUUCGUACAAGGAGAGCGAACUGAGAUUUGAAGAGCUCCUCGAGAACGUGUGCGCAGACGACGGGAAAGUUUCAGAGUUGCAAUUUCACGAGGAGACGGCGCGAUGGCGAAAACCGCCGAAUCCGGUGAAGAAGAUUCGAGGCGCGAGGGCGAAGGCGAUGAAGGCGGAGAUCAUGGGGUACUGCCACCGCGUGAUCGAGAGCGCGGAGGACGCUUUAAGAGAGGCGGUGUAUCAGUCGACCAUCGACGGGUCGACGGUUGAGGAAUUCUUGUGCAGGAACGUGAGUAAGGAGUGCGACGCCGACGUGGAUUUCUCGCUCGAGGAACCGAAAGAGAACGAACUGUACACAGAUGACGACGGCAACCCCAUCGACAAAAAGCCUGACGCCGAGUCGAAAAAGCCGGCAAAGAAAAAGAAGAAGCGCGCGAAGAAGAAAGAAACUGAAAAUGAGCUUUGA